UUGUAUUAUUAUGGGUAACCAGUCUGCUGUGUUAUCAAUGAUUUGGAAACUAAUAUCAUUAUUAAUUUUUAUAGCGGUUUGCAGUGCUUCCCAGCAAUGUGCAACAGUGGACAUAAAAAGCCUAUUAGAAGGAUGCGAUCGUUUGUUAGGCCUGAAUAUAACAAGUGUUGGAGGCACUAUGGUUAACGAUCACAACUGCGAUGUGCUGUUACCUAAACAAGUUUUUAUUGAAGAGCCCCUUUUCCAGUACAUAUUGGCGGAUUCGAAAAAGUUUUAUACUAUUGUUAUGGUUGACCCAGAUGCUCCACCUCAAUUGGAAGGAGAAUUUUAUUUGCACAUGAUAAAAUCAAAUAUUCCAGGUCUUGCAUUAAAAGCUAAGGAGACAGUUAAAACCGUCGGUAUUGAUUAUAGGGGUUAUAAGCCGCCAACGCCACCUCGCGGGUCAGGUGCACAUCGCUAUAUGAACUUGUUGUACGAACAAGAGGACGGAAAUAAUUUUUUACCUAACGUUCCUUCAUCUCGUGGCCGUUUCCAUCUUGCCAACUGGCUUCGAGGAAAAAACCUUUGCGGCCCAGUCGCAGCUACACAGUUCCGAGUACAAUACUAGAUGGCGUUAGCUGUCUCAAAUUGAAU